CUUAUCGCACCUAUAAAAGCUAUUUACAAACGCCGCAGUCGCCUCAAUUGAGUUAAAAGCAAAAUGCUGGCAACAUCUGAUAACCAGAGCAUCAGCUUUAGUCCUGGCGAUGCGCAGUGCACACCGCCCGGCAUUGGCCUCUGGACGGGAAUGGUCCAAUUGCUGAUCCAGACACUGCUCACCGCCCAGUGCAAUAUCGCACCCACCACCCUUUGGCCGCCGGAUUAUGGCCAGGUGCUAGCAGAAAAUCGAGGCUUCCCGGAGCCCUACGACUUCGUUGUCAUUGGCGGCGGCACUGCGGGCUCCGUGAUCGCCAGCCGGCUCAGUGAGAAUCCCAAUUGGCGUGUGCUCGUUCUAGAGGCGGGCGGUGAUCCGCCCGUCGAGUCUGAGGUGCCUGGAUUGUUCUUUGGGAUGGAGUUCUCGGAUUACAUGUGGAACUACAAGACGGAGAACACCGGGACCGCAUGCCAGGCGCAGCAGAAUGGACAGUGCUAUUGGCCUCGCGGUCGGAUGCUCGGCGGAACGGGAGCGGCUAAUGCAAUGCUUUAUUUGCGGGGCAAUCGACGCGACUUUGACCAGUGGGCGAAGUUGGGAAACGAGGGCUGGAGCUAUGACGAGGUGCUGCCGUACUUUGAGCGCUCCGUACGUCCGGUUGGCAAUGCGACUCAUCCCCAGGGCUACGUGACACUGAGUCCAUUUGAGGUGCAGGAUGAGGAAAUACAGGACAUGAUACGCGACGGCGCCAAAGAGCUGGGCGUGCCCAUCGUGCCCAAGUUUGCCGAAGGCAGCUUUGUGGGCUACAGCAACGUGCUGGGCACUGUGUGGCAAGGGCAUCGCAUGAGUCCCGCCAAGGGUCACUUGGCCAAGGUCGCAAAGCGCCCGAAUCUGCAUGUGGUAAAGCGGGCCCAGGUAACCCAGCUGCACUUCGAUGGAGCCGGCGAGCGCCUUGAGGCCAUCAGCUUUGUGCACGACGACCACACCUAUCGCCUAGGUGUGCGCAAGGAGGCGAUACUGUCAGCGGGUUCCAUUGACUCGCCGGCGCUGCUCAUGCGCUCGGGCAUUGGGCCCCGUGAGCAUCUGGAGCAACUGCAAGUGCCAGUGGUACGGGAUCUGCCCGGCCUGGGAAGCAAUCUGCAGGAUCAUGUGGUUGUGCCGCUCUUCUUCCAGCUGGACGCUGGUGUGGCCGAGGCAGCCACCAAGCAGGAUAUACUGGACAGCAUCUAUGAGUAUCUGACGCAGCACUCCGGGACACUGGCCACCCAUGGCACCGCCUCGUUGGUAGGCCUCAUCAACUCGAACAGCAGUAGCGAUGCUCGCUACCCGGACUUGGAGUUCCAUCAUCUGUUCUUUCAACGUGGCCGUCACGACUCCUUGGAUAUCUUCCUGAAAGGACUCUCACUGCAGACGCGCUACAUAAAGCAUUUGCAGAGCCAGCUAAAGGACUCCCAUGUGCUCUGCGUCUUUGUGCUGCUCUCACACCCCAAGGCCGUGGGCAAAUUACGACUGCAGAGCACCGACUACAAGAAGCCGCCGCAGCUGUUCAGCAACUAUUUGGCAGAGUCCGUGGAUGUGGAGACGCUGCUGCGCGGCAUACGGUAUCAGGAGUCAUUGGUCAAGACGCAGUCGUACAGGCAGCAUCACGCUCAGCUGGUGCACAUCCCCAUUGAGGAAUGCGACGAGGCGUCCAGCGAGUACGGCAGCGAUGCCUACUGGAAAUGCUAUGCCAAGUACUUCACCAUCACCUGUUACCAUCAGACGAGCACCGUCAAGAUGGGACCCGCCUCCGACCCCGCCGCCUGUGUGAAUCCACGCCUCCAGCUGCGAGGCAUCUCCAAUCUGCGCGUGGCCGAUGCGAGCAUCAUGCCCGCCGUGGUCAGCGCCAACACGAAUGCGGCCACGCUCAUGAUUGGAGAGCGGGCAGCGGACAUCAUUGCCGAGGAUUGGGCGGAGCAGCCGCCCCGUAAACAUGUGCACGAGGACAUGUAGCCAGCAUCUGGUCACCUGGGCAGCUGCUCACCUGCUCACCUGCUUCUGCAACUAACUUACUCAAGUCUAUACUAUAUUUUAAAUAAAAUCUAUAAAUAUUCCUAUGGGAAA